AUGAGUUCAUCAAAAAUAACGGUCCGGUUGAUUUUGAGCCUUAUUAAAGGCGCAGGAGCCAAAUUCUAAUACAUUUUCAUGAAAUUUUGAAAAUUCGUCUUCAAGAAAAAUAAUUAUUGUUUCUUCAUUUUUAUGAGGAAAUGAAUCCCUUAUUGUAAGACUAGAAUCUAGUUAGUUUUUUCAGGUCAGCUUCUGCAGAAUUUCGAAAAAAAAUUUUUUCAUAAUUUUUUUGAGUUUCAUUAAAUGAUGGACUAUAUUCUACUUAAAAUUCCUAGAAAAAAAUUUUUGUGGAACAUUCUUAUUUCGCCCUAACAUAUUUGAAAAAAAUAUUCAAAACACAAAAAAAAUUCCCAUCAAAGUUCAACCUCACUUUUUUUCAGACAAAAAGAUAGUUGUUUUCUGAAAAAAUGUGUACUUUUUGAUCCCGAUUAUUUUUAAGCCUUUUUAAAGGCGCAUGUGACUACAGUCUGGUCCAUUUUUCUCGAAAACAAGUUCGAAAAAUUUAAAAAUACAUUUCCAUGACUUCUCAAGUGAAUAUUAAUAAAUGAACGUGUUAGCGAAAAAAAAAAAUCCCCGUUUUUCCUUCGUCAUUUAUUUAAAAGCUCGUCGUCUGGCUUGAUGAAGACCAAACCAUCUCUUGAAGGUUCCUUGAAUAUUGCUUCAAAAUCUAAUUUUUUGCAGUAUUAAUCAUUUUCCUGCUCCUUGUAGCUGGAGCUUUCUCAGGUUUUUGGAAAUUAUCAACGCCAAACAUCAGCAAAAGGUUUUCUUUCAAAAAAAUGACCAGAAAAAAAUUAAAAAUACUCAAAUUACUCAUGGGAAAACGCGCAGAAAAAAUUUGAAUAUUCAAAAACUCUAAAAAAAUCGUUUCUGGUUACUGUAAUCCCUUAUGCUUCCAAUUUUGAGCUCCUUAAACUACAGUCUAAAAAUUUUUUUAAAAAAAGUACUGCAUAGAUUUCGGGUUACUGUAUAGGUUUAAGGUCACUGCCUAGGCUUUGGGUUACUGUACAUGAUUAAGGGGACUGCAUAGGCUUUAGGUUACUGUAUAUGCUCCGGGUUACUGUAGAUCACUGCAUAUAAGCUCAACCAAGCAGUGCUCCCUAGAGGGUCUAACUUCCCGUGGUCUCUAUACUGGUUCAGGGUCUGAGGUCCCUAAUAGUGUCCCUGGGUCCUUGGUCCUUAGAGAGAACCUUGAAGGACCCCUAAGGUUGCCCCUUUAGGGACCACUUUGUUAUAAGCAUAACUUGCAGACAGUUGCUGUUUCUUAUACAACGCCUGCAGUACCAGAAAGCGUAAACCCCUAGAGUGGCCCCUUUUGCAGGCUUUAGUGAGAGGGGCAACCUUGAAGGACCCCUAAGGUAGCUCCUCUAGGGACCACUUUGGCGCUCCCAAGUCCUUGUAAUUAUUCUGAAACGCUGAACUGCAGGAAACUGUUGUUCCUCGCCCAUCUGGAGGACCAGCAAGCAUGAACCACUAGAGUGACCACUUUUGUUAGCUUCAGUGCCCCCUUAGAGAGGGAGCGAUAGUUAAAAUGGUUCCUAGAGGGAAACCUUCAAAUAAUCCCAAGGUAGCCCCUUUAGGGACCACUCUGGCGUUCCCAAGUCCUUGUAAUCAUUCUGAAACCCUGAACUGCAGGAAACUGCUGUUCCUCGCCGAUUCAAUGUCUGGAAGACCAGGCUCUGAUGUCUUCCGCCUGUGACCAGCUGACUUGCACCACGGGUGUGAUCAUCUGGGACCGCUGCAACCCGACUUCGAAAGGUCACGUGGGCAAAGUCCAAGACCGAAUUGCCGCCAUGAAGCACGGCUCCACUGUCCAGAUCAUCAACGCCGUUUUCCCGAACUUUCAAGUGUACCGAGAACUCGUCACGCUCACCGUUAGCAACGCCGGUUUGUUUUUGAAAAAGGGGGAAAUUUAUUCUGAGUCCUACAAGAGAGGUUAUUUCAGGGUGCUACGAAAAGAGCGAGUUUUCCGUUUGCGAGGAGUACUGUAUGCGGAUGAGAUGAGUGCAUUGCGUGUUUACACUUUGCGUGUUUACACUUUCGUUCUCGAGAAAAAUGCAAAUCUGGAAUAAAAACAAAAAUAUUUGAAAAAUAUUCGAAAAAAAAAAACCCGGAGAUGUCCUACCCGGUGACGUCCCGCAACGAAAAAGUAAACACGCAAAGUGUAUGCACUCAAUCCGCAUACAGUACUCCUCGCAACUGGAAAACUCGCUCUUGUCCUAGCACCUAUUUCAGUUCAAAGUUUAGAAAUUUCUUGUAAUUUCCAGGCCUGGUGGAAGCUUCCUAAAGUGUCUACUUAAAAAAGAGAUUUUUUUUUUCAGGAGAUAUGAUUUUAAAAACUUGAAAAACGGGGUUCCAGGCAAGCUAUACGGAAAAUUUGAAUAUUCAAAUUUUAGAAAUAGUGUUAGGAAUGUUUAUCUAGACCUUCGCAAAAGCGUCCGGACUUGACAUUGAAAUUCCUUGUCUUACAGUAUUCCAAAGAUGAGGAUUAAUAUAAAUUACUUCAAAAAAAGCUUAUUUCCUCCAACUUUUUAGUGGCAAAGAAGAAAAAAAUUAUUAUUGAGGGGGUUUCGACGCUCUUUGAUGUUAAAGACUGUUUGAGAAAUCAACAAAACACAAAAGCUGUCAUCAUAACGUUCCAAGAAACUUUCAAAGCUUUCAAAAAAAAUUCCCGGAACUUUCAGGACCCGCCAUCAUAAUCAGAAACUCGCACGUCGCAAGAGACGAAUUUCCGAAACUUGUCGCGAUCCGAAACAAGAACAUAUCCAACUGCGUGACCCGAAAGCUCAUCGACAUUGAUGGCAGCGUGAAGAAGGAUCUCCGGAUUAAGCUUUUGAAGCUGGAGGCGGCGGUUGGUUUUGAAGUGACGGUCAUUUUACUAGUUGCGCCUGGGAAAAUUUUUAGUGGCCACUAUAGGGUUUUGACGUUUUAGUGGCCACUAUAGUAGUCAUAUUAGUGGCCACUAUAGUAGUCAUAUUAGUGGCCACUUAAGAGGUAAAAAAUUAGUGGCCACUAUAGAGGUCUAAGUGCUACUACUAGACCACUCAAAAUUUUUGUGGCCACUUUAGGGGUCAAUGGAUCAAAAUAACUGGUCCAAUCUGUUUGUUUUAAAAUUAUCAGAGUUACUGGAAGGAAUACUGGAUGAAAAACUACUGAAGUGGCCACUAAAACGGUAAACAGUGGCCACUAUAAAGGUGGUUUCAGUGGCCACUUUAGUGUCCUCUCCAAGUAGUCCUUGGCGAGCCUCUAUAGUGGCCACUAAAAAUUUUCCCAGUUGGGAUUUUUCUGAUUUUUGGUCAGUUUUAAAUGUAUGGAGAGUCGGAAGGUCUUCAUAGGAUUAUUUGAUUCCCAGAAAGUCCUAUGUUUCAUAUUUCGCGUGUUCCGACGAUACGUGGGAAAUGAAACGAUUUGAUUCGAUUUCAACCGCUCAAAGUCUAAAAAUAGCCAUUUUGCGGGUUUUUCAUGGUUUUCUUAGAGUUGGAAGUGCAUUUGGGGAAUUUUUGCGAGUUGGAACUUUCUGGAUCUCGAGAAGUAUACUGACCAAACUUCAGAAAAUCUCAACCUUCCAUUAAAAUGACCUCCCUUUUCCGGCUUUUUUGACAGGAAAAAAUUUCAGGCCCUGAGUAAUUGCCAUCCGAUUACUUCGACCGAACCUCCAUGCGCGAAUAAUCAAACGGAAUUCCCGAAUAUGGGACUACCGACCAUCGUGCAAGACGUCGAGGUGUGUAGCGAGAAGUGGAAACAUAUCGCGAUUGGAUUGGCCGUCGUCAGCAUCUUUUUCGCCCUCGCUACUCUGAUUCUCAUUUUCUGCGUGGUUGGUCUUUGGGUCUUAUCCAGGCAUAUCAAAAUCCACGGAAAUUUGGCUUAAUAUGGUAUCAAUAGUUGAAUAACAUAUAAUUAUUCACCUGAACCUGUGAAAAUUUUGCCGUUUUAAACCAUGUUUAACCUAAUUUACGUAGGCAUUGGCUUUCUUGAAUUUUAUCAGCCUGGCUCUCCCAAAAUUUUACUAAUUAUUUCCUUUCAGAAACGAGAACGCAAAUUCAGCCGCGACGCGAUAAAGAUUGACUACGCCGACUAUUUGAGCGUGAAAGACGCCUGGGACGAUCAGAAGAGGAAGACCCUGAGAGAAGAGGAAAAGGCGCAGGAGCCUGUUGCCGUGAGCAUGAAGGAGUUCAAGAAGGAGCCGAGCAAGAAGUCGAUCAAGAGCAAGAAAGUGAAUGAGAAGAGCCUGAAAUCGUCCAAGAAGGGGUCGUCGAACAAGGUCGUGUCCAAGAAGGGCGAGUCCAAGAAGGACAAGAAGCCAGAGUCCCUGCAGAACAGCAAGAAGAAGGUCAUGGACAAUACCCAGCGCAACACGGUCCGGUCCCUGAAACCCGAGGCCGAGCCGCCCGUUCUGAACCCCUCCGCCGAGAAAACCGAAGCCGAACCGAUUCUGAACCCGUCGGCUGAGAAAAUUGAAGCGGAGCCGCCGAUUCUGAACCCAUCCGCGGAGAAGACCGAGCUCGAGCCGGCCAAUCCGAAGUCUAAGAAAGAAAUCAAGCCGGACGCAGAUCUGAAGAGCGAGAAGGAGAAGUCCAAGUCGAGGGAGCCCAUCUGA